GCUACGAUUUGUUUCUCAUCGUUUUCCACGUGAAGUCAGUGGGGAUGAACGUGAAUGUGGAGGCGCUUCUGUCUUUAGUUUCUAAGCACAGACUGUUGUUUGAUAAACGCCACAGAUAUUACAAAAAUUUGGAAAGUAAAGAGCUGUUGUGGCUAGAAAUUGCGAGGAAGAUGGGAGUUGAUGUGAAUGCGGUUAAAUUUAAAUGGAGAAACCUACGAGAUACAUACAGGAAGAGGAAGCGAGAGGAGCUGGAGGAGUGUCGGAAUGAACAGGAUGUUAAAAAAAGGAAGCAAUGGAAGUUUAUGCAGAUGAUGGAGUUCCUCGAUGAAUCUUUUGAACUCGAAAGUGUUCACAGUAAUAUUGAGGGUCUUCACACCGCUAUUGAGGGCGUUCACGCCAAAAUUGAAGGCGUUUACACCAACAUUGAGGACAUUCACAAUCCCAUUGAGGGUAUUCACAACCCUAUUGAGGGCGUUCAAACCAAAAUUGAAGGUGUUCACCCAAACAUUGAGGACGUUCAUAUUCACAAACCUAUUGAGAGCAUUCACACCAAAAUUGAAGGGGUUUACACCAACAUUGAGGGUGUUCAAACCAAAAUUGAAUCUGUUCACACCAAAAUUGAGGGCGUUCAGAACCCAAUUAAGGACGUUCACACCAAUAUUGAGGCCGUUAACAGCAAUAUUGAGGGUGUUCACAACAUGCCCAACACUGAUGUGAAGGAUGACCAAGGAGAAGAAAGUGGGAGUGAAUCAGACAGCAUUAGUUCUGGAACAUGCUUGACCAGUCCAGUUGUGGUCAGGUCAAUCAAAAGGAAAAGAAAACGGGCAGAGACCCCAGACUGGAUGAAACGCUACCUGGCAGAAAAAGAUGUCAGGGACAAAAAAAGAGAACAACGCAGAGAGCAACGUAGACUUCUACAGCAAGAUGAUAUAUAUUUAUUUUUUGUAAGUUUGAUACCAGCAUUGAGAAGGAUGUCUCAACCCAAGCAGUCUGCUCUUAAACUCCAGAUUCUGAAAUUAGUGCAUGAUGCUGAGUUUGGACAGCCCUGCUAUCACAACCCAUCUCCAGAGCCCUACCACCAAGUUCCCCCUGCAGACUUUGUUCCAAAAUUAGAGCCGUAGAAUUUUUUUGUAUGUGUGUAUAUAUAUAUAUAUAUAUAUAUAUAUACACACAGAUUUGUGUGUGUGUGUGUGACCAUAUUAUAAAUAUAAUGUAUAGUUUGUAAUUUGUAUAUGUUUUAAAUAUACAGACUUGUUCUACUGCACAUUUGUCUUUGUAUUUGCUUGAUCAACUUAUUCGCACAAAUGUUUUAGAUGUCAUAUGACCCAAAAUAUUGAUAUUGUACAUAACCCCAGAAAUAAACAUUUAGU